AUGCGCAUCGACAAUGCCAGCAAGAGUGCGGCAAGGCGAAGAAGACCUGCGGGCAUCCCUCGCAAACAGGAAGAGGUCAGGUGCAAUGUGCGGGCGCAUGUGCCUGAGCCUCCGGGUCGGCAAACUUCACUCAAGUGUGAUGAUGAAUGUGCCAGGCUGGAGAGAAAUCGCAAACUGGCACUGGCGCUUCAUAUUCCUGACGAUCACACUGACGAGCAUGUCCCUUACUCCACCGACACCCUGAAUAUGUAUCUGGAAGAUGUUGCAUGGGCCCACAAGCAGGAAGAAAUCUUACGGCUCUUUGCAGCGGACGAAAACGAGAAGAGAUAUCGGUUUCCGCCCAUGAGAAAUUGGCAGCGAGCCUUUAUCCACAGCCUGGCCGAAGACUUUGGGUUCGACGGCAAAAGUCUGGAUCCUGAGCCACAUCGACAUGUUGUGUUGUUCAAGACGCCAAAAUUUGUGUCCGCCCCCAUGAAGACUCUGGCUCAAGCUGCAAGAAUCAAGCGAGCACAAUUACAUGCGGUUGCCCCGAUCCAAUCAACACCGGAGCGAAAAGCAGACGAGGUCAAGCAUGACUAUAACGGACUGUUGUUGACCAAACCCAGAUUUGCACUGACGGAAGACGAACUGCGGCCUCUGGUCAAGAAGUCAGCGCCGACUACUGAGUUUGACAUUAUCUUUUUAUCCAACGAUGAAGGCGUCGCUCUGUUGCCCACCCUCUCGUCGGACACUCCUGAGCAGUUGGUCACUCUUCUUACCAGUCUGCACCCGGCAAUUGCUGGGGAGGUGACCAAACAUAACCUCGGGGCAUCGGUUGUCCUGUGUCAAUUCGACACCUCGGAUCUGGAGCCCAAGAUCCUUCAACAACAAGGCAGACCGAUUGCAGCACUAUCAAAAGGAUGGUCUCAGGUUGUGGCCAAGAAAGCCGCACCUGCUGUAGCACCCCAGGUCAUGCCGGUCGGCCAACGACCGGUGUAUACAGUGCUGGGAAGUCGGCUGGCAGAAGCGAAGAAAAGGAAGCAGGAGAGGGAGGAGAAGCUGCAAAAGAAAGCCCAACAGCAGCAAGUGGUGGAGGAUUGGGAAAAGGAGAUGGAGCAAGAAGAAAGUGAGGAGGCUGAGAGGAGGGCUAGUCAGGACCAUGGCGAGGCCAGGGACGGGGCAUGA